UUGUUCUGAUGAAACGAAAGAGAAAAUGACACGGCAUUUAAAUAGCCGCUUCCUGAACUGAGCAGUCCAGAGCGGCUCAGACAGAGACGACCGGGACAGGCCUGUUUCCCCUCCUCACUGCACCUGGAAAUAUCACGGACAAGUGGAUUUCAGUCUCGAAACCAACUAACCAGCCACAUGCAAGACCAUGGAAAGGCUGAUUUUAAGAAACGGGAGAAGAGGACCUAAUAAUGGUAAUGAUACUGGUCAAAAUGAGAACGCCGGUGGAGGCAGAAGGAGAAGACGAGGAGGAGCAGAGGGAGACAGGGCGAGAGAACAAGAGGGCAGAGGAAGGGAGGAGAUAGGUGAAGGUGAAGGAAUGCAUGGGAGAGGCAGAGGGAGAGGAGGAGAAAGAGGGGGAGGAAGAGGUGGCAGGGAGAGGAUAGAUGGAAGAGGUGGUGAAGGGGUGCAAGAGAGAGGAAGAGGAGGAGGAGGAAGAGGUGGUAGACAGAGAGGAGGAGGAGGAGGAGGGAGAGGUGGACAUAGAGGUGGGGCAGGGAGGAAUGGAGAGCAAGGUGCAAAUGAAAGAGAAGGAGCAAGAGGGGGUAUGGCAGAAAUGGAUGAAAGGAGAGGAGGACAAAGUGUGGAUAGAAGAGGAGGUAGAGGAGGUGCAAGAAGAGAUGGUUCUAGAGACAGACAAGAAGAGUACGGAUGGAGAUCCAGUUCUACAGGCAGAGUCAGGCCACCACCAGGCCGUCGUCUGGGCUAUAAAGCACUGGAAGAACUCUCUGUGAAAGAACCAUCUGAGGUGGCCAUCACGCUCUCCUCGAACCCCGGCCUCCAGGAUCACCUCUGCGAGACGACAAUGAGGCAGGACCUUGUCGAACUCCUCUGCCUGGUGCUGAGUAAAGCCUUCAAAUCACGCACAGACAGAGGAUCUCUGCAGCACCUGGCUAGCAUCAUUAAAGAUUCAGGGUUCUUCCGCACUGUCCUGCCCCACUAUCUGGUGGGCAUGGGGUCAGAGUUCAACCCUGUCCGUAGGGCACAGUACCCCCAGCAUCUGGAAAACAUCCUGGCUAUUGCCUCAGAGGUGCUCACCACCUUCCCUGGUAGCUCCGCUCAGGCUGUGAGUUUGCUGCUGACGGUGCUCCAGCUCUCCAUCAACAGCCUGAGGGCUAUGGGAGUGAACAUCCAGCCUCAGAUGGAGGAGACUUUGGAGGGUCUGCAGGACCUGGUCCGGCACCUCCAGGAGAGAUCCAGGGAGGGCACCCUGCGCGCAAACAGGGACACCUACGCCCUCCUACACACAGGUGCUGAUAACCCAGGUGAGGAAGAGCAGCAAGAUUUCAGAACCAUACCGAUCUACCCAACCCCAGAGGAGUUCCAGCAGGAGCACAGGCCCUUCCUCAGACCCAACCUCACCUCUCAGCGCUACACAAACACCCACCUCUACCUUGACACACACUUCCGGCUGCUGAGAGAAGACUUUGUACGGCCGCUCCGGGAGGGGAUCCAGCAGUUGCGAAGGAACCAGAUGGCCAUAGGAAGCAGUGAUCAGCCACUGAAGACCAAGCGCUUCGAUGACAUCCGAGUGUAUUUUGACGCACAACUGAUGGUGCCCAAGUGUACGCACGCUGGCCUCGCCUACAUAGUCCAGUUUGACAUUCAGCCACUCAAGUUUGUUCGCUGGCAGAAUUCAAAGAGGCUGAUCUAUGGCUCGCUGGUCUGCCUGUCCUGUGACAAUUUCGAGAGUUUCCUGUAUGCCACGGUGUCAGAUCGGAACCCUGGAGACCUGCAGAAGGGACUGGUCCAGAUCAUCUUUAGUGAAGAAAGCAGAGUCAAGUUGGCCAGAAUUCAGAAGGAUCAGCUGUUCCUGAUGGUGGAGACCACAGCCUACUUUGAAGCCUAUCGGUACGUCCUAGAGGGCCUGAGGGACCAGGAGGAGGACGAGCUGCCCUUCCAGAGGUACAUCGUGGAGUGCAGCACAGAUGUGCGACCCCCAGCUUACCUGCGAGGAACAGAUGUCUAUAACCUGUCAUCUAUAGCUGAACCUGACUGUAAGGACAGGAUGCUGCCCUUCCACAGCCUGACAGAAGAGGCCUGGCCAAGGAUGGAGGAGUUGGGGCUGGAUGAGUCUCAGAUGAAAGCCUUACAGCUGGCCCUCACCAAGGAGCUGGCCAUCAUACAGGGUCCUCCUGGCACUGGAAAAACCUACGUCGGCCUAAAGAUUGCUGAGGCUCUGUUGACCAAUCAGAAGCUUUGGAGAGAUCAACAUGGGAAGGGUCCGAUACUGGUGGUGUGUUACACUAACCAUGCCCUGGAUCAGUUCCUUGAGGGUAUCCAUAAGUUUCUGCAACAGGGUAUAGUGAGAGUUGGAGGCCGCAGCAACAGUGAGGUCCUGAAGCGUUUCACUCUGAGGGAGCUGACCCACUCACAUAACUUCAGACGUACGCUGCCGCGGCACCUGCAUGAUGCAUAUAACACGAUUUACAAGGAGCUGUGUCAGGCAGAGAGGGAGCUCAAGAGUCAGAGUAUGAAGCUGGAGUGUUCUCUGAAAGGCAUCCUGCGUGAAAGCUUCUUACAAAGGUUCAUUUCAGACACACACUGGGACAGUCUGCACCUUCCACCUGAUGGUUUUGAGAUCUCCAAUGAGAAGAAGCCCAGCAUGAUUAUGGAGUGGUUGGGUUUUGGUUCCACUGUCUUCCUGCAGAGGGAGACAGAGAAUGCAAAUGGAAAUGAGGAUGCAGCAGCAGAGGAAGCGAUGGAGCUGGACGAAGACGACCUCAUUGAAAUCGCAGAGGAGGCAGAUCUGAUCCAGGCAGAGCGGAUCGUCGAGGACAACUUUGGCCCCAGAGGUGGCAGAGAUGGCAGAAAGAGAGGAGAGGAGGCUGUCAGAGAGGUGGAGGAACUGAUGCUGGCUAUGAACCUGGAUAAAGCUGAAAUACAGGCUGAGCAGAGUGAGGAAGGAUGGGAGAUGCAACGGGACCAGAAGAAAAAGAUGAAGCACAGAAUCAGAAAAGAGCUGGGGAAGACGACAUCUAUGACUGAAGACGAGGCAGAUAAGGUCUUUGAUGUUUGGACCCUGACUCAGCAAGACAGAUGGAAACUCUAUCGGUUGUGGGUGGCACGCUACAGAGCAGACCUCCACACCAGAACCCUGGAGUUCGAACAGGCCUAUCAGAACACAGCGGACAGACUGGCUGAUGUUAAACGACGUGAGAGCCUCUGUCUCCUUAAGGAAGCCACGGUUAUUGGCAUGACAACAACCGGGGCGGCCAAGUUCCGCGCUGCUCUGCAGGAAGUGCGUCCACGUCUGGUGAUCGUAGAGGAGGCUGCAGAGGUUCUCGAGGCCCACACCAUCACCACACUGAGCCAAGCGUGCCAACACCUGAUCCUCAUCGGAGACCACCAGCAGCUGCAGCCCAGUGCCACAGUGUAUGAACUGGCUAAGAACUUCAAGCUGGAGAUGUCCAUGUUUGAAAGGCUGGUGAAGAUGGGGCUUCCUUUUGUCAGACUCAACUACCAGCAUCGUAUGAGGCCAGAUAUUGCCCGUCUUCUGACCCCACACAUCUACUCAGAGUUGGAAAACCAUCCCUCUGUGUUGGACUAUGACAACAUCAAGGGCCUUAAUACCAAUUUAUUCUUUGUGGAGCACAACCACCACGAAGAAGAGAUCAAAGAUGGGAGAAGCCAUCAGAACCAACAUGAGGCCAAGUUUGUGGUCGCUCUUUGCCGCUAUCUUCUUUUUCAGGACUACAAACCAGAGCAAAUUACUAUCCUAACGACCUACACGGGCCAGCUCCACUGUCUGCGCAAACUAAUGCCUGCCAGCCAGUUCUCAGGGGUCAAAGUUCAUGUGGUGGACAAGUACCAGGGAGAGGAGAAUGACAUUGUCUUGCUGUCUUUAGUCCGCAGCAACCACACGGGUAAAGUUGGCUUUUUGAACAUCCCCAACCGCGUCUGUGUCGCCUUGUCUCGCGCCAAGAAAGGUCUCUACUGCAUUGGAAACAGUCUAAUACUGGGCAAAGUGACACUGUGGAGCAACAUCUUCCACACUCUGAGGGAGAAGAACCAGGUUGGGAGGGCUCUGACCCUGUGCUGUCAGAAUCAUCCAGAUCGACAGAUUAAAGCGUCCCAUGCUGAAGACUUCAAACAAGCCCCAGAGGGGGGCUGCACUCAGCCCUGCCAGUUCCGUCUGGACUGUGGCCAUGUCUGCUCAAGUGUCUGCCACCCCUACGACCCCGAGCACAAGAAAUACAAGUGUGGCAAGAAGUGCCAGAAGAUUUUAUGCGAUCAGGGACACAGGUGCACAUUUGUGUGUCAUAAGCCAUGCCCGAAGAAAUGUCCAGUGAAGGUGGAGAAGAUCAUACCCCAGUGUCAGCACACACAGAUGGUUCCCUGCCACCAGGACCCGGAGACUUUCAUAUGCCAGGAGCCUUGUCAGAAAAAGCUCUGGUGUGGACAUCCAUGUGAUUCAGCCUGCGGGGAACCGUGCACCAUUAAGUGCAGGGUGAAGGUCACCUUGAGGCUGCGGUGCGGCCACAGCCAGGAAGAUGCCUGCUUUUACAGAACACAGAUAGAAGAGCCUAAGUGUAAGAGCCCAUGUAAGCAUCAGCUGAAAUGUGGCCAUCCCUGCCGCGGUAACUGUGGAAAGUGUUAUCAGGGACGCUUCCAUUUCCCAUGUUUGCACCAGUGUGAACGUCUCCUGAUUUGCUCUCACAAGUGCAGGGAGCCUUGCACUCGUGACUGCCCCCCCUGUAAGAGACCGUGCGAGAACUGCUGCGUCCACAGUAAGUGUAUGAGGCCAUGUGGGCAGCCCUGUGCUCCAUGUGUUGAGCCCUGCGCCUGGCAGUGUCCUCAUCAAAGAUGCAGUAAACUUUGCCACGAGCCGUGCGAUCGCCCACCGUGCACCCAGCCCUGUACCGAGACCCUGGACUGCGGCCACCCCUGCAUCGGCCUGUGUGGAGACAAGUGUCCAACCAAAUGCCGAAUCUGCAAUCAUGAGGAGGUCACAGAGAUCUUCUUUGGAACUGAGGACGAACCUGACGCUCGCUUUAUUCAGCUAGAGGACUGUGGACACAUCAUUGAGUACACAGCCAUGGACAGGUGCAUGGGGAUGGGUGACGAUCAGCAGGAACAUGAAGACGAGGUGGCCAUAAAACUGAAGGAAUGUCCCAGGUGUAAAACUCCAGUCCGCAAGAAUCUGCGCUACGGAUCUCACAUCAACCGCAGUCUGGCCGAGAUAGAGAUGGUGAAGGCGAAGAUAAAUGGAAAUCAGGCAGAUAUUGAAAAGUACAGGAAGGCUCUUCAGAGACAGUGGAAGGAAAACUGUGACACCCAUGAAAUGCAUCAUCAAGUCGAAUACAUGCACAUCAACGACAGACUGCAAGAGCGCUAUCUCACAGCAAAUGACCUGUGGGUCCUGGAAAACAAGAUGGACUUCCUAAUAAGAGUCGAAAAGCUACUAAAGAUUAAAAAAGAAAGCAUGUUGUGCCUGCACAGCAUCAGGUUUGGCAGUCGAGUUGCAGAGUUUGUGGUCUGGCUCAGUGACCACUACCAGAAAUUCACAGAGCAGCAGGUCUUUGAUUUGCAGAGAGAGUUACAGAGACUCACCGUCCUCGCUAAACUCAACCUCCACUGUCAUAAUGCAGACAAGAGAGGACAGAGUGAUAAAGUCCGAUCUGAGGAACAAACAAUAAGAGAGGUUCUGGAGAAGUCUGGGCAGUUCACUGAGGAAGAUGAACAGACAGUGAAGGAAACCAUGAAGGUGCUGAGCCAAAAGCUUCCACUGUCAGGGCUGGGCAUCAGUGACGAGGAGAGAAAGAUGAUCGUCUCAGCUAUGAAAAUGCCUCCUGGACACUGGCACAAAUGUCCCAAUGGCCAUGUCUACAUUAUAACAGAAUGUGGAGGAGCCAAUCAGAGACGACAGUGCCCUGAUUGCAACGCUAACAUUGGUGGCAGCAAUCACAGGCUGGAGAGAGGCAACCAGGUGGCGUCAGAGAUGGAUGGGGCGCAGCAUCCUGCUUGGUCUGAAGCCAACAACAUUCUCAACUUUGAUCAGCUUCACCUCUGAAAUGAUGCUUCUUCAACUCCAACUGUUCAGCUUCAACACCUAUGAGAGGAAACCUGUUGUAGCUUCACUGUAACCACCUGAAGGAGAGAUCUCUACAACAUCAGUGUGAUUUAAUAAAUGUUUGAAUCCAUAAUUUUCUUGCAUUAAAUUGACUUUUUAACGUGAUAGCAAUACUCAGUCUUUUAUAUCAAAUAAUAUCCACUCUGUUACCUUGUAUCUUGUGUUUACGGCACACUGCUGUCACUGCUGCUUAAAGGAGCUUUUUCACAUUUGCUGUUUUGUUUGAAGAAAAAACAUUUUGCUGUCUAAAUGAUCAGGAGAGUGACAGGUGACUGCUUUUAAUGUUAAACUCACUAAAUGAUUUGUCAAAUGUCGACUGUAACCCUUUGAUAUGUUGAAGACUCCCUCUGUUAUACUUGUCCUGGAGGUUAACAACAGAUGGCAGUAAAACACUGCAAAAGAACUGACAGAGAAAUGACUUGAUUUUUUUUUUUUAUCUUGCUUGUAACUUGCUUCCAUGAAAUUAAAAAUAUCUGGGCCUGUAA